UACUGUCUUCGUUGAACUCCAAAGCAUGAACUCGAACCGCAGACCCUAGAAAAUCAGUCCUAGUAAGAACCGAUUUUUCUACCUUAAACCCUCCACUAACUUCCAUCAAACGCCGCCGUUUCAACCACCACUUUUCCUCCAUUUUUGAUUCAAUCCCCGAUUUCUCGCUUUCCCUCUAUUUGUUUGAAUUCAAAAACCCUAAUUUUUGAAUUCUCGAUCGGAUAAGAAGAAAUGUCGUCUCUUAGCAGGGAAUUAGUGUUUUUGAUUCUUCAAUUCCUGGAAGAAGAAAAAUUCAAGGAGACUGUUCAUAGGUUAGAGCAAGAGUCGGGCUUCUUCUUCAACAUGAAAUACUUCGAAGAGAAAGCUCUCGCCGGAGAAUGGGACGAAGUUGAGAAAUACCUCUCCGGGUUCACUAAAGUUGACGAUAAUCGAUAUUCAAUGAAGAUUUUUUUUGAGAUCAGAAAACAGAAGUAUCUAGAAGCUCUGGACCGCCAUGAUAGAGCUAGAGCUGUUGAAAUUUUGGCGAAAGAUUUGAAGGUUUUCUCCACAUUCAAUGAAGAACUUUAUAAGGAAAUUACGCUGCUUUUAACUAUGGAGAACUUUAGGCAAAACGAGCAGUUAUCGAAGUAUGGUGAUACUAAAUCAGCUCGGAGCAUAAUGCUGGUCGAGCUUAAGAAACUAAUAGAAGCGAAUCCCUUGUUCCGUGAAAAGCUUGUUUUCCCAACAUUGAAAGCUUCUCGAUUGCGAACUUUGAUCAAUCAAAGUUUGAAUUGGCAACACCAGCUGUGUAAGAACCCUAGGUCCAAUCCUGAUAUCAAAACCUUAUUCACUGAUCAUAGUUGUUCACCUCUAAAUGGGGCUCGGGCACCUACUCCAGUAACUUUUCCAGUUGCAGCAGUUGCUAAGCCUUCCACUUAUGCUCCACUUGGAGCGCAUAGUGGGCCAUUUCCUCCAGCAGCAGCUGCAAAUGCUAAUGCUUUAGCUGGCUGGAUGGCAAAUGCCAAUCAUUCUUCACCAGUCCAACCUGCUGUCAUUGCUGCUUCUGCUUCAUCACUGCCUGUUCCUCAAAAUCAAGCUUCAGGUUUGAAACAUCCGAGAACACCAGAUACACUUGGAAUGACCGAAUAUGGAAGCUCUGAUCACGAGCAACUAAUGAAACGGUUGCGGUCUGUGCAAUCUGUUGAUGAGGUCACGUAUCCUGCUCCUUCUCAACAAGCUUCAUGGUCACUUGAUGACCUACCCAGAUCUGUUGCUUGUACCAUUCACCAAGGAUCCAAUGUGACAAGCAUGGAUUUCCAUCCUUCUCAUCAUACGCUACUUACUGUUGGUUGUAGCAACGGUGAAAUUUCGUUAUGGGAAGUUGGUACGCGAGAGAGGUUGGUGUCAAAACCUUUCAAGAUAUGGGAUCUGGCUGCUUGUUCUGUUACAUUUCAGGAUAGUAUUGUCAAAGAUUCAUACAUGUCUGUAAGCCGUGUUGCUUGGAGUCCAGAUGGAAAUUUGAUCGGAGUUGCAUUUAUGAAACAUCUUGUUCACUUGCAUGCGUAUCAAGGGUCGCAUGAUCUACGACAACAUCUAGAGAUUGAUGCCCAUGUGGGUGGUGUAAACGAUUUAGCUUUCUCUCUUCCAAACAAAAAGCUCUGUGUUGUCACUUGUGGAGAUGAUAAGUUAAUAAAGGUGUGGGAUUUGGCUGGAAGUAAGCUUUUUAACUUUGAAGGUCACGAAGCACCUGUUUAUUCUGUUUGCCCUCACCAGAAGGAAACUGUUCAGUUUAUAUUCUCAACUGCUGUAGAUGGCAAAAUCAAGGCUUGGUUGUAUGACAAUAUGGGUUCUAGGGUUGACUAUGAUGCUCCUGGACAGUGGUGUACCACGAUGCUCUACAGUGCUGAUGGUAAUAGACUAUUCUCUUGUGGCACAAGUAAGGACGGGGAUUCAUUCUUGGUUGAAUGGAAUGAAAGUGAAGGGAAAAUAAAGAGGAUGUAUUCUGGUUUUAGAAAGAAUGCUAAUGGUGUGGUACAAUUUGACACCACAAGGAAUCGUUUUUUAGCCGUUGGUGAUGAUAGCCAGAUUAAGUUUUGGCAUAUGGAUAAUACAAAUAUUCUCACCAGCACUGAAGCUGAAGGAGGGCUACCGAGUCUUCCCCGAUUGAGAUUCAACAAGGAAGGAAAUUUGCUUGUUGUUACUACAGCAGAUAAUGGAUUCAAGGUUCUUGCAAAUACCAAUGGUCUUAGAGCCUUAAGGGUAAUGGAGGCUCGAUCUUAUGAAGCAUCUAGAACACCACUUGAGAUGAAGAAUGGAGUUGAACUGAUGACUAGAGGCAUGGAAAAGCCAAGGAAUAUGGAACAUGUGCCUGAUAAAACCAAACCCUGGGAACUAACUGAGAUUGUUGACCCCACACAUUGUCGAACAGUCACCAUGCCAGAUAACUUGGAAUCUGCUAGCAAGGUGGCUAGACUUCUUUACACAAAUUCUGGUGUCGGGGUUCUUGCUCUUGGAACAAAUGGGGUUCAAAAGCUUUGGAAAUGGAGUCGCUGUGAUCAAAAUCCUACUGGCAAGGCUACUGCUAGCAUUGGUCCACAACUUUGGCAACCUAACAGUGGACUUCUUAUGACUAAUGAUGUCCCUGAAAAUUCUGAAGAUGCAGUUCCAUGCAUAGCACUGUCGAAGAAUGACUCCUACGUAAUGUCUGCAUCUGGUGGAAAGGUUUCGUUAUUUAAUAUGAUGACAUUCAAGGUAAUGACAACUUUUAUGGCACCUCCUCCAGCUUCAACAUUCUUGGCAUUUCAUCCGCAAGAUAAUAAUAUCAUAGCAAUCGGAAUGGAUGACUCGGCCAUCCAUAUUUACAAUGUCAGGGUGGAUGAGGUCAAAACAAAAUUAAAGGGUCAUCAAAAGCGCAUCAGCGGUUUAGCAUUUUCCACCAGCCUUAACAUCCUGGUUUCUUCUGGUGCUGAUGCUCAGAUUUUCUUUUGGAACACUGAUAACUGGGAAAAGAUAAAAUCAGUUACACUUCCAUUGCCUGCUGGAAAGGAUCCAGGUGACACUCGAGUUCAAUUUCACUCUGACCAAGUUCGGUUGUUAGUGUGCCAUGAAACACAACUUGCAAUAUAUGAUGCUAGCAAGAUGGAAUACAUUCGGCAGUGGAUGCCACAAGAAGUACUUUCUUCAUCUAUAUCGUGUGCAGUAUAUUCCUGCAAUAGCCAGCUAGUAUAUGCUACUUUUACUGAUGGUAACAUUGGAGUAUUUGAUGCUGAUAGUUUAAGACUCAGAUGUCGUAUCGCACCAUCUGCGUAUAUCUCUCCUGCAUCAUCAAACAGCCAAACCGUGCACCCACUCGUGGUUGUGUCACACCCGCAGGAAGCCAAUCAAAUAGCUGUAGGAUUGACGAAUGGUGCUGUUAAAGUUAUAGAACCCUCGGAAGCGGAGAGGAAGUGGGGACUUCAUGUGCCUGUCGAUAAUGGAACAGAGAAUGGCAGGACUGCUACAUCAUCUACCACUAACACCUCUGAACAGGUACAGCGAUGAGCUUCCGACACUUGAUUUGUAAGGCAUCAAUGUAUAAUUUGUAGUUGGUUGUCCAUUUUCUGUCUAAUUAUAUGUUUGAACAUAGG